CACAGUUAUAACCACUUGGUGACGACGUGCCCGGGACUCCACCAGAUCACGGACGUCGUACGCGGCAGCCUCAGGGACCGGUUCAGUCACCCGUCCGGAGGCCCCGGGAACAGCAAGAGACGUUACUUCGGGGUCGACGUCUACAACCCACCCCCCCAGCCGGGGUCUGACCACUCCCAGGUCAUCGUUCACCAGAUCACCAUGGCCCUCCCCUUCCAGGCCGAGAUCCUAUUCGAGUCGGACAGUUUUCUGGAGCGCUCGGAGCACCUUUCCGGAAAGACGCUGACCGCCGAGCUGGAGCGGCACAAGGAGGACAUGGCCGAGCGGUUCCGGCAGAUGUUUCGGCUGGAGGGGAAGGGCUUCAUCCCACAGCAGGUGGCUUUCGCUCAGGCCGCCCUUUCCAACAUGGUGGGCGGGAUGGGCUAUUUUUAUGGCAGCUCCUUGGUCCAGUCCCGGUACAAUCCAGAACCUGUGGCCUAUCCGUUGGCUCCCCUCUUCACCGCCGUCCCGUCGCGUUCCUUCUUCCCUCGCGGCUUCCUCUGGGACGAGGGGUUCCACUUGCUGCUGAUCGCCCGCUGGAACCCGACUCUGGCCUGGCAGUCUCUGGGUCACUGGCUGGAUCUGAUCAACGCCGACGGCUGGAUCCCGCGGGAGCAGAUCCUCGGACCCGAGGCGCGCAGUAAAGUGCCCUCCGAAUUUGUCGUCCAGCGGGAUGAGAACGCCAACCCUCCCACCUUGUUCCUGGCGUUGCGCCAGCUGCUGGCAGGCGGGAACGUUCCCCCGGAAGGGCGUCAGAUUCUUCGGCGGGCGUUUCCUCGCCUCCAGACCUGGUAUGGCUGGUUCAACGAGACGCAGAACGGGCCACUUCCGCACACCUACCGAUGGCGCGGGCGGGACAGGGACACCCUGCAGUUUCUGAACCCGAAAACGCUGACGUCUGGCCUGGACGAUUACCCGCGGGCCUCUCACCCCUCGGACGAUGAGCGGCACGUGGACUUGAGGUGCUGGAUGGCCUUGGCGUCGGAGGUGAUGGCGAGCAUCUGCGACCUGCUGGGAGAAGAUGGCGGCCGGUACAAGGAGUCGCACUCGGCGCUCGCCGACAAUUCCCUCUUAGAUAAGCUCCACUGGUUCGAGAGGCUCGGGGCUUACGCCGAUUACGGGAACCACACGCAGAACACGGUGCUGGAGUGGGAGCGGCCGCGGCCCUUUCCCGGGCAGGACCCGCGUAGCGUCCCCCCUCCGAGGCUGAUUAGGGUGGUGAGGAAGGCCCCGAAGUUGCAGUAUGUCGGCGCUCUGGGCUACGUGUCCCUCUUCCCGUUCCUCCUGCAGCUCCUGUCCCCCGACUCCCCCAAACUGGGCCGAGUCCUGGACCAGCUCCGGGACCCCGACAAACUCUGGACGCCGUAUGGCAUCCGCUCCUUGUCCAAGAGCAGCCCCAUGUAUAUGCAACGCAACACGGAACACGACCCGCCCUACUGGAGGGGCCCCAUAUGGAUCAACAUGAACUACCUGGCGGUGAGGGCCCUGCACCACUACAGCCAACUGGAGGGCCCGCACCGGGAGAAGGCCACCAGCGCGUACCGCGAGCUCCGCAUCAACCUCAUUGCUAAUCUGUACCGGCAGUACAUAGAUACAGGUUUUCUCUGGGAGCAGUAUAACGACCAGACAGGCCGAGGGCAGGGGUGUCACCCGUUCACCGGAUGGAGCUCCCUGGUCGUCCUGAUCAUGGCUGAGGAAUACUGAGGCUGAGCAUGAUGUGGGGG